UAUCUCAAAAGCGAAAAGGAAUCAGCGAUCAGUGGAGAAGGAAUAGAAACACUUUCUAAGAUUUAUGAGGAUUUUGUUUCUAAACAGACAACAGAUCUUUGUGAUUCUUAUGGGGAUUUAUUUUUAAAACCAUAUUUCAGAAAGUGAAAGUUCAGAUCGCCGGAGCUCAAAGAGGGAAAAUGGCUUCACAAUCUCAAAACGAAUAUAGUUGUCCCGUGUGCUAUGAAAUCUUUAAGGAUCCUGUUCUUUUAUCAUGUAGUCACAGUGUCUGUAAAGAGUGUCUUCAGCAGUUUUGGAGAAUCAAGAAAACUCCGGAGUGUCCUGUCUGCAGGAGAAGAUCCUCAAAUCAACAUCCUCCUCUUAAUCUUGCAUUAAAAAACUUGUGCGAGUCACUUCUGAAUGAAAGAAAGGAGAGGCGUACAUCAGGAUCUGAGGAGAUCUGUAGUUUACAUGGAGAGAAACUCAAUCUCUUCUGUCUGGAGGACAAACAACCGGGGUGUUUACUGUGUAGAGAUUCACAACAACAUGACAAUCACAAAUUCAGACCCAUCAGUGAAGUUGUUCCAUCAUAUAAGGAGGAACUCAGUAAAGCACUGAAGCCUUUACAAGAUAAACUUAAAGACAAUGAAAAAAUGAAAGGAGAGUUUGAAAAAUCUCAAGCUGAGCACACAGAGCUUCAGAUUAAACUGCAGUUUGAGAAACUUCAUCAGUUUCUCAGACAUGAAGAAUCAGCUACAAUCACUGCGCUGAGGAAGGAAGAGGAGCAGAAGAUGCAGAUGAUGAAGGAGAAGCUGGAGGAGAUCAACAGACACAUCUCAGCUCUUUCACAGACAGUCAAAAACACAGAGGAGAGGAUGAUAGCCAGUGAUGUCCGUUUCCUAAAGGAGUUUCCAGUCUCAAUGGAAAGAGUCCAGAUCUCACAGCCGGAUCCACAGACACCUUCUGGAGCCUUGAUUAAUGUGCCACGAUAUUUGGGAAACCUGUCCUUCAGAGUCUGGAAGAAGAUGCAAAAAAUUGUCCAAAACACUCCUGUGAUUCUGGAUCCAAACAGUGCAAAUCCAUUUCUCAUCCUGUCUGAUGAUCUGACCAGUGUGAGAAGAAGUCAGAGAAAACAACCUCUUCCAGAUAAUCCAGAGAGAUUCGACGAAUAUUGCUGUGUUUUUGGUUCAGAGGGUUUCAACUCAGGAAAACACCGUUGGGAUGUGCAGGUUAAAGAGAGUUCAGACUGGAAUCUUGGAGUAACUACAGCAUCAAACAAAAGAAAAGGACGUGAUUUCUUCAAGACUGAUGUCUGGUGUGUGUUCUAUGGACUGUUUUUAGGGUCUGGUUUUCAUGUUAAACAGAAGCUUGAGCUUGUGAGAGUGGAUCUGGACUAUGACAAAGGAAUUUUGUCUUUCUCUGAUCCUGUGACUAAUAGACAUCUACACACAUUCACAGCCAACUUCACUGACACUGUCUUGCCAUUUUUUGAAUUUUCUUCCUCUCUUAAGAUCUUACCAAUCAGUAAGUAGUAAGUGAACAUUACACCUGUUGUUCUGGAUGUGUCUGUUUUUAUCAUGUUUCAGCAUUUAUUUGGUAACAAUUUACAAUAAUGGUACAUGAAUAACCAUGUACUAAUACCUGAUUCAGUACAUACUUCAACAUCGACUCAU